UGACAAUAACAAACUUGAUUCGUGAAAGAUUCGGUCUAGUGCUCCCUAUCACUGUGAUAACGAAAGUGUCAUAAGUUUCACUGAUACAUAGGGACGGGUACAGAUAAUCGGAAAGUAAGAAGGCUAGGAUUUUGGUUUGUUUGUAUGUGUCCCGGAACGGUUCCCAAUUCCCAGCAAGCUACCUUUCAAAUGAAGAAUGUUGCAGACGUGGUCUGUUAUAGUCACUUCCAAGCCUUGAGAUUGCAGUGAGUGAUUAUCAUCUUGGAGGAACUAUCACCUGCUCAGUAUGUCAGACGCUGACCACACUGAGCAUACGCCCUUACUGGAUGUGAAGAGUUCUGCUCGUAUUCGUAUCUCAUCCCUCCAUCCCACCACAGCAGACAUUCCCGAGGAUGAGGAGGCUACAUUCCCUGCAGAGCAAACCGAGGAGCUGAUUCAUAAACACAAUGAGAGAUACGGAACCGCAGGAUCGGAUAUCGAGAAGCUAGGAAUUGAUGGCAGCAAUGGAAGAGUUCCUGGUGAGGUACGAACCGUGCGGUCGUUAAGCGGUUUAACUUUAAUGGACGAAGAAAUGAAGGAAGAAAAGGAACAUCAGUAUGCAUUCCAUGUUAGCAUAUCUGACAAAACAAAACGGAAAUUGAAAUAUAUGAAAAAGACAUACCAACAAUUUGAUGGCAGGCAUAUUCUACGGCAAGUGAAGGUUGCCAUUAUUUUUUCCUUGAUGUUAACAAUGGCUGUGAUUUUUACCAUAUCUGAAGAGUUUGAGCCUAUUGGAGAAGUUGUCUCUGUCUCAAGUAGCCAAUCAAGAUAGAAGAAAUGCCAGAUGUCAUAUACUCGCCUUAUAAUGUCACAGUGUCAUUAGUGAGAUUCAAUAACCUUGAGGGAGUACAGGUUCCUUGUGAAGAAUGUCAGAACUUGACGUUAGCGCUUGCUUAUAACGAGUCAAGUGUAGAUGUCGGUUCUUUGGACACCUUUUACAACAAAUUUAAUGUACCUACAUAUGAUCUUGAGGAUGGUACGGAGUAUCGUUUCUUGGUGGAGUCUUCAACGCCGUACUUUACGGCGCUGUCUGUUAUUCACGUUGGAAUGCCUUCGUCAGCGGAUGAUGAAGUGGUGUUUGCUGCUUUAAUUUUGAUCGGUGUCUAUAUUCUAAUUGGUUUUGAGCUGGUUCAUCGUACGAUAGCCUCGUUCUUGGGGGCAAUGGCUGUUCUUACCGUCCUUGCAGCAUUCAAUGAGCGCCCUACCCUUGAUAAGAUCAUGGAGUGGGUUGAUUAUGAAACACUGGCAUUGCUCUGGGGAAUGAUGACAAUUGUUGCAAUAUUUUCGGAGACUGGAUUUUUUGAAUACUGUGCCUUGAUGUCCUACAAGAUGGCAAAAGGGCAUGUAUGGACGCUAAUCACUAUUCUGUGUAUUUUCACCGCUGUGGUCUCAGCUUUCCUUGACAACGUCACAACAAUUCUACUCGUCACGCCAGUCACAAUUAGACUUUGUGAAGUCUUAAACCUAGAUCCGAAGCAUGUGUUAAUAGCGGAGGUGUUGUUUUCAAAUAUCGGUGGAACAGCUACGGCCGUGGGAGACCCUCCAAAUGUCAUCAUCGUUUCCAACUCAGAUAUGAAAGAUGCGGGAAUAAAUUUCAGUAACUUCACUCUACAUAUGAUGGUUGGCGUUUUCUUCUGUGUCAUGACCGGCUACUUACUAAUCUGGUUUUUUUAUCGAAAAAAAGAUAUGACAUUUAAAGAGCCCCCUGAAGUUGUUGAACUUAAACACGAAAUUACAAUUUGGCGGCAGACUGCUGCAAGUAUUAAUGUAAUGUCACGAGAAGAGAGCACUGUAAAAGCUUUGCUAAUGCAGAAAGUUUACAACUUGGAGAACAUGUUGCAAAACAAAUUAUAUGAGCGAAGAACUGCUCAAGAGGGACCAGAUGAAAAUUGGCAAGAGAAGUUAUCUGAACUUGAAAAGAAGUAUCGAAUCACUGACCCUGUCCUGCUAGUGAAAUCUUCAGCUGUGUUAAUUGUUGCAAUAAUAUUUUUCUUCAUUCAUUCCAUCGAAGGGAUUUCUAUCUACUUGGACUUAGGUUGGAUCGCUGUCCUUGCUGCGUUGCUCCUACUUGUGUUAGCGGACAUGCAUGAGUUUGAGAGCAUUGUUCAUAGGAUAGAAUGGGCAACGCUUUUGUUUUUCGCUGGUCUUUUUAUUCUGAUGGAGGGGCUGACUGAACUCGGUUUAAUUGAUUUUAUUGGAGAUGAAGUGGCACUUGUAAUUAAGGAAUCUUCAGAUGAUGAGACAAUUCAACUUCUUGUCGCUAUUUUGCUAUUACUUUGGGUUUCCGCUCUUGCCUCAUCAUUCAUCGAUAAUAUUCCCUAUACGACUGCUAUGGUACCAAUUGUUCUAUCUUUGUCUGAAGAUCCUGAACUCAGCCUCCCACUAGAGCCAUUGGUGUGGUCUCUCGCAUUUGGAGCAUGUCUAGGUGGUAACGGUACGCUGAUAGGUGCCUCGGCUAACGUGGUUUGUGCUGGCAUCGCAGAACAACACGGCUACAGGUUCACAUUUGUUGAGUUUUUCAAAGUUGGCUUUCCUAUGAUGUUGGUCACCACAUUCACUGCAAUGAUAUAUCUACUUAUAUGUCAUCCGCUAUUGGGAUGGAAUGGUCCAGACUGAUCCCUGAUUGGCUGAGCUGUUGCCAGGUUUUAUAUUGGACAGCUGCCGAGUUUUGUAACAAUUCUAACGUCUCAUUGGGCAAAAGCCCCUCUUCUAAUUCUUGGACACAUGAUCAAGAUUUAACAUUUGAGCUUUUAUACAAAUAUAUGGAAUUAAUGCUUUUAGAGUGAGAUUGGUAAAUGUAGAAGAUGUUGGUGGAAUGAAAACUACAAGAUGGUAGCAAGAAAGAGUAUAAUAUGUAUUGCAAUGAUGAGAGUAGUGAUUAUUUUUAAAAAUACAGAAGUUAUGUAGCUGGUGUGAUAGUGGCGAUAACGAUAAUUAUGACAAUGAUGAAGAUGAUGAUUUUUUUUUUAUUUGUGUGUGAAUGUGUGUUGUUACAUGUGACUUGAACCAAAGACCCUCCAGUUAUUGUUGUGUGCUCAACAAUAUAGACCAUAAUUUUAUUUGCACUGGUGUUACUACAAACAGGUAGUAACUUUUUUAUUGUUUUUUUAUAAUAGAAGUAAAAUGUAAAUUUAAUAAUUAAUUCUAUACAAUAUGAAACAAAUUUUAACAUAUGUAAGUAAAUAUAUAAUUGUAAUACAAUCAUGAAUUUUUUCUUUUUAUAAUUAUUUUAUAUUUUGUAAGAAUGACAUUUCUUUAUGUGAAAAAAAGCGCAAUACUUUAACAAAUUGUAUUUAAAUUAAUUUAAAUUGAUAUUUUAACAUAAUGUAAUUUAGAAGUUUUGCCAAAAGGGAUGAUAAGUCAAGAAUUAAAAAAAAAAAUUGCAAUGCUUUAACAAAUUGAAUAUAAUUCAAUUGGUACGAUGUUUAGAAUUAUAAUUAAAGCAUGGAAUGAGUUAAAAGUUUUAGCCAAAGCAAUGAAACUUUCCGGGGUGUCAAUCAAUCUUAACAUCUUACCAAUCAGAACAGGUCAUGAAUACGCGCGCCUCUCACAGGCACACGUGUUGUCUCACAUAUUGCCAUAAAAAUUCCCCGUACACGCUAUCGCCGACUCCUUUGGCGGUGACGCUGAUUGGUCAGUUGAAUCAGGGAGCGUUCCUGAUUGCGGCCGCGUCUGGACAGCUACGCAGUUGCAGUUAAAACGCUGGAGCGACUAUGUAGCGAUUCUAUAAAAGAGACUGAUUUCCAUAAAAAUCGCUGCACGCUACCGACUCCUUUGGCGACGCAGCUUAGUCAGUUGAAUCAGAUUGAGCCUUCCCGAUUGCGUCGGGGACAGCUACGCAGUGCAAGGAUUGCAGUGAAAACAUUGUAGCGACUGUGUAGCGAUUCUUUGGAAACGUAUGUUUCUACACUUCCGUUUUGUGGGACCUUCGCAACAGUAACCAAAUGGCGAAGCUUAGCGAAAGGUCUAUUUUAAAUCAAGCUGUGAAUUAGUCACAUGACCUCAAAUAAAUAUAGUGUAUUUUUUUUUAUAGAAAUAAUGCUGCUUUUUACGUUUUGGUUUGUUCAGCUUUAAACAUCCCACGAAUGGGAUUUAAAAUCUUCUAUGCUUCGUUGCAAUAACAUUAAACAUUCAUCGUAUAGCUAGGCCUACAUGAUACGAUCAUUGUGUGAUGGUUUUACUUAUAAAUAACUCAUUCUGAUUAAGUCUCAGCUGCGGUAGGCUUACAAAAAAAAUGUUUAAUUUAAUUUUACUCCGUUUUAUUUGGCUCUGCAUUACAAGGACAAAAUAUCGGCAUUAAUUAAAUAAUGUGUACAUUGCCAAUAUUUUAACAAGAAAAUAGAUUACAUGAAUGAUUAAGGUUUUAUAUGCACAGACGAUGGAUUCGUGAAGUUCGUCCAAGAUCCUUCCGAUACUGGUGCCCGUAUCCCCACUGAGCAUCAGGAAAUUAUGGGGUGGGGGGAAACUGGUGGACGGGUAAACAUUUUAGAGGAAAAUAAAUGUCAGAUAUCUGGGCGAGAUUUUGAUUGAAGCCAGUUGAGAAUAUACUUUUGUGCAACAGUUUGAAAUUAAAGUUUAAAUAAAGAUCGUUAUUCUCGUUAGCUUAUGAUAGGAUCAUAUAAGAAUGUGUUGUUUUAUGGCAUCUACCAUUAUUGUAUAUACAAAAUAAUGUUAUUCCAUUAUCUGGAUUCCAGCGUAUUUCUAGUACUAAGUAUGAUACGCGGUAAAUAAUUUUUGUGAAUAAUUUAAAAUGUGUGAAUAUAAUACAUUGAUGAAAUUAUUGUAUAUUUAUCAUAUUAGUAAAUAUAAGUAUAUAAGUACACUACUCAGAUAGGGCAUAUAGAUACGAGUUAAAAGCAAUUAACGAUUAGUUGUUAAAUUGCUAACAUUGUAUUAUACUUAUAUAUACAUUGAAACGUAAUAAGUAUACUGUAAUAAGAAGCAAAUCAAUGCAUUGGUAAUCGAUAUGUAAGUGCCUUGGUGUCACGUGAUUGGUGCUUUGAUAUUAAAUGGUUUGUAGCAAUCUUCUUGACCACACAUUGAAAUUAUUGACGUUGGUGGCGUUUGAACUACUUUCAGAUGAUUUUAACAAAUCGAUCGGUCGACCUCCACAUUGCAAUUUUAUGCUUUUUGCUACUGGCAUAGCUGCACUCGUAACGGCGUACUAUGUAUUAUCAAUCUUGAUAUUGUCUUAAAAUUUAUUGUAACCGUCGAAAAACGGUGCAAAUGGAAUCAGUAACUUGUCAUAGGCACUUGAGUUGACUUGGAUAAUGAUCAUCAGAGGCACUAAAAUUGAAUGCCAGGCAGUUAAUUGCCAUUACAUAAUUUUUGAUAGGCAUUUUAAUGGUAACUUGGAAUAUCCCGAAUGGUGUCGGUCGUUCCAUAGGGGACGAUUUUGUAACUAUAAAACUAAAAGGAGAUGAUUUUGAUGUAUUCCAGUGUCUGUUGAGGGUAAAGUGCAUGCUGGAAUCGUUACUAUUCCAAUACAGUAAUUGAAAAUUAAUUUUGGUUUUGAAUCUUUGAAACUAGUUUAGUAGGUUUAUGAACAUGUUAACAUUUGAAUUUA